UCCAUUUCUCGCGUUCUCGUUUUUCCUUCUCUCGCACAACAGACGCGGAAAAAAAUCAAGAACAGAGAAAAAAGAAUAUAAAAAUGUCGACCAUCACGGUACCUGAGACGAUCCCCUCUGUGCCCGAAGACUGCGAGCAACUCCGGAAAGCUUUCGCAGGAUGGGGAACAAACGAAGGGUUGGUUAUCUCCAUCUUGGGACAUAGAAAUUCUGCUCAAAGAAAGUUGAUUCGGCAAACUUAUGCCGAAACUUAUGGAGAAGAUCUCCUCAAGGCAUUGAACAAAGAACUUACAAAUGACUUUGAGAGAGUGGUAGUGCUCUGGACACUUGAUUCUGCUGAACGUGAUGCAUUUUUGGCCAAUGAAGCAACAAAGAGGUGGACUUCAAGCAAUCAGGUUCUUGUGGAAAUAGCCUGCACGAGAUCUUCACAUGAUCUACUUCUGGCAAGGCAGGCUUAUCAUGCUCGGUAUAAGAGAUCUCUUGAAGAGGAUGUUGCAUACCACACAACUGGGGACUUCUGCAAGCUUUUGGUACCUCUUGUAAGCUCAUACCGAUAUGAGGGAGAUGAGGUGAACAUGACUCUGGCUAAGUCAGAGGCUAAAAUACUCCACGAGAAGAUUUCAGAAAAGGCUUACAAUCAUGAGGAUCUUAUCUGGAUUUUGGCUACAAGGAGCAAAGCGCAGAUCAAUGCCACUCUGAAUCACUAUAAAAAUGAAUUCGGAAAUGACAUCAACAAGGAUCUGAAGACUGACCCUAAGGAUGAGUUUCUUGCAAUACUGAGGGCCACAGUUAAGUGCUUGAAUCGUCCUGAGAAGUAUUUUGAGAAGGUUCUUCGUCUGGCAAUUAACAAGGGAGGAACAGAUGAAGGAGCACUCACUAGGGUUGUCACUACAAGGGCCGAGGUUGACAUGAAGUUUAUAAAGGAUGAAUACCACCGAAGAAGCAGUGUCCCUCUGGAUCGGGCCAUUGUCAAGGACACUAAUGGAGAUUAUGAAGACAUGCUUUUGGCACUGAUAGGGCAUGGGGAUGCUUGAGCUGUUAGUCUCCAUAUUACGGGGAUAUAACCAAAUAAUGCUAUUUAGUAGACUGUUAUAUGACUGGCAUACAACUGAGAUGAUGUACCUUUAAAAAUCAAAAUCUAAGGGUUGAAUUUCACUGCCACAUCAGCAAGUUGUAUGUCAAUUGUACAAGUCUAUUAAAUAGAAUUACUCGUAUAUCUACUAUGUGGUUUUAAUAGUUCUGUCAUUCUAAUUUGCUGUAUUUGAGGUGGUCUUAAUCCUGUCAUAUGGUUGCCUGAGUCUGAGAACUUUUAUCUGUUAUCACCUAAAAUAAGACAUGGUACAAGCUGCUUCGAAUAAACAUUUUAUAAGAUUAUCUCAA